AUGUUUGUCGUCCCGUUCUGGGUUCUUGGAACACCCCCAAAGGAGCGCGUGAACCAAAACCAAGAGGAGCAGGUCGACGCCUCGUCGCGGGAUGGGCACAAGGGAAACGAGCGUCGUAAAUCGGACGAAGGAAGCGGCGUAGAUAUCGGACGGGUUUCGAGGUGGCAGGCUCCGCCAAAAUGGGUGAAGGUCGGAGCGGUGAUGGCGGUACGGGAGCCUGCGAUUGCGGAAGCUGGAGGCGAGGAGGAGAUUGGGGUGCCGCGAUGGGGUGCCGCGAACGAGCUUGUAUUGAAGUGA